ACGUUGGACCACUCAGAAAAAAGGGAAUGUAAAGCUCAGCUUUCUUCCUCUUAGCUUUCUUCUUCUUUUCACAUACCACCACUGAACAGCCAGCCUGUGACCACUGACCACCCAUCUGUAACUUCAGCCAUGGCAGAGAAAGAGCAAGUCAGACCCUUAGCCCCCGCGUUCCACCGGAUCAACGUCGUCGUCGUCGAUGAAGACGACGCCAUAUCCAUGGAACUGAAGAGCCACCACCGCCACCGGAAAUAUAUCAAAUGCUGUGGCUGCAUCACCGCGCUUAUGCUAAUUCAGGCAGUGAUCAUAUUGGUUCUUGUUUUCACCGUUUUUCGGGUCAAAAACCCGGUGAUGAAGAUAAAUUCAAUGAAGAUGGAAGGAUUGGAUGUUGUAAACAUGACUAAUCUUCCCUCAGGUACCAACUUGACGGUUUUGGCCGAUGUUUCUGUGAAGAAUCCUAAUGUUGCUUCCUUCAAAUUCAAUAAUGUCACAACAAGUCUUUACUAUGAUGGUAAGGUUGUCGGUGAGGCUCGGACUCCGCCAGGGCAUGCCAGUGCUGGACGGACAAUUCGAAUGAAUGUUACAGUAGACGUUAUGCUUGGGAGGAUACUGGCGGUGCCGCGGCUCAGCGGUGAUCUGGUUUCAGGGCUAUUGCCAGUGAGCAGCUAUACAAGUAUCGGUGGCCGUGUGAAGAUACUAAAGAUCAUUAAGAGAAAUGUUGUUGUGGAAAUGAAUUGCACCAUGACAGUUAAUAUCAGAAGCCAGGAGGUUCAGGAUCAGAGUUGCAAGCAGAAGAUUUCGCACUGAGAUCUGUAGAGUUCUUGAGGUUUGAAUUUUCAAAGUGAAACAAUACUGCUAACAAUUAUCGGAGGAUGACGUCCCCUCAAGACUAUUAGUAGUUUUGAUUGUUGAAUCUCGUGCAAGUUAUAUUGACUCAAGUACAUGAGCGAACCGGCAAUGAUCAACAAGAAGGAUGAACCACAAUCUAAAGGAAAAGUGAAGAGUGGACGAUCUGCCGAGUGGUGAUUACUAAAUUUUUCUUUUCUUUUCUUUUCUUUUUUUUUUGGCAUCCAAUGUGUAAAAGG